CUCCGCUUUAUGUUCCGCCUCAUGCUUUGAGUCCCAGAGUCCCGGUCACAGUCCCGGAUCCUGAGCUCCACAGCCCGGUCAGUGUCCCGGUGUGUCCCGGUGUGUCCCGUGUGUCCUGUGUGUCCCUGCCCCGGCGAGAGACAUGGAGUCCGCGGAAGAGUUCCUGAAGUACCGCUCCCCGCUGGUCUCCAGAUACGCCAGCCGAGAAAUGUCGUUCAACUUCAGCGACAAGAAGAAGUUCAGCACCUGGAGGAAACUCUGGAUCUUCCUGGCUAAAGCCGAGCAGGCGCUGGGCCUCCCUAUCUCAGAUGCUCAGAUCCAGGAGAUGGAGCGUCACGCUGAGGACAUAGACUUCGUCAUGGCGGCGGAGGAGGAGCGUAAACUGAGACAUGACGUCAUGGCCCACGUCCACACCUUCGCCCACUGCUGCCCCAGCGCCGCCCCCAUCAUCCACCUGGGGGCCACGUCCUGCUACGUGGGGGACAACACGGAUCUCAUCAUGCUGCGGGACGGCUUCGACAUCCUGAUGCCAAAGCUGGCGAGAGUCAUCGACAGACUGGCCAAGUUUGCAGAGAAAUACGCUGAUCUACCAACUCUGGGCUUCACCCACUAUCAACCGGCUCAGCUGACCACGGUGGGGAAGAGGUCUUGUCUCUGGAUCCAGGACUUGACGAUGGACAUGAGGAACCUGCAGAGGGCCAGGGAAGACCUUCGGUUCAGGGGCGUAAAGGGGACCACGGGAACCCAGGCCAGCUUCCUCCAACUGUUCCAGGGAGACCACGAGAAGGUUGAGGAGCUGGACAGGAUGGUGACAGAGAUGGCUGGAUUCAAGAAAGCCUACCUGGUGACGGGACAGACCUACAGCAGGAAGGUGGACAUAGACUGUCUGUCCUCCCUGGCCAGUCUGGGAGCUACUGUCCACAAGAUCUGUACGGACAUCCGUCUCCUGGCCAACCUGAAGGAGGUCGAGGAGCCUUUUGAGAAGGAGCAGAUCGGCUCCAGUGCCAUGCCCUAUAAGAGGAACCCCAUGAGGUCUGAGCGCUGCUGUAGUUUGGCCCGACACCUGGUGGCGCUGCUGACCAACCCCCUGCAGACGGCGUCGGUGCAGUGGUUGGAGAGGACACUGGACGACAGCGCUAACAGGAGGAUCUCCUUGGCUGAGUCCUUCCUCACGGCCGACAUCAUCCUCAGCACCCUCCAGAACAUCAGCGAAGGACUCGUGGUUUAUCCCAAAGUCAUCGAGAGGCACAUCAACCAGGAGCUGCCCUUCAUGGCCACAGAGAACAUCAUCAUGGCCAUGGUGACGGCAGGAGGAGACAGACAGGAGUGCCAUGAGAGGAUCCGGGUCCUGUCCCAAGAAGCUGCUGCUGUGGUCAAACAGGAAGGAGGAGACAACGACCUCCUGUCCAGGGUCCAGAGGGACCCCUACUUCGUCCCCAUCCUGGGACAACUGGACGUCCUCCUGGACCCCAAGACCUUCACGGGACGAGCCCCCCAGCAGGUGUCCAGGUUCCUGUCUGAAGAAGUCCGUCCUCUGCUGGAGCCGUUCAAGACCAAGAUGGACGUGAAGAUGGAGCUGGAGCUGUAACUGGUCCAAUAAAACCGUCUCAGACACCG